GAAUCUCGUUGCGAAUCGCCCUCAGGUGCGCGGCGAGAACGGAGGCGCGCGGCAGGUAUAGAGAGGGGGCCGCGACUUGCUCGCCGCCACUCUCCGCGGGUCAACCUUUGACAGUCUCCAGUUCGCUUUUUGGCCGACAACUCCAGUCGCACCUCAUCGGGAUAUAGGCCGACGAGACACUCCAAAAAGCAGAAUGGCGGCGCGGAUUCUCAGCGUGAUGGGCCGCCGGAAGCGGAUGGAGGACGACGCCGAAGGCUCGCAGUUGGCGAGGGUGUUGUCGGUGCUCGACCUGACCGCCCUCGGCGUCGGCAGCACCCUGGGCCUCGGCGUCUACGUGUUGGCAGGAGCGGUGGCCAGAGACACGGCCGGACCUGCCGUCACCUUAUCUUUCUUGGUUGCAGCCAUCGCGUCAGCUUUCGCAGCCCUGUGUUACGCCGAGUUUGCAGCCCGCGUGCCCAAAGCAGGGUCAGCCUACGUCUACAGCUAUGUCAGUGUUGGCGAGUUUGUCGCCUUCGUCAUCGGCUGGAAUCUCAUCCUUGAAUACGUCAUUGGCACGGCUAGUGUGGCGCGCGGAAUGAGCAGCUACAUUGACGCGUUGACAAACUACACAAUGCGAGACGCGUUCAUCAGCAUCUCUCCAAAGUGGGAGAUCGAUUUUCUCUCCAAGUACCCUGACUUUUUCUCAUUCUUUGUGAUCAUGCUGCUAGCAGUUCUGCUGGCAACUGGAGUGAAGGAGUCGACAAUGAUGAACAACAUUUUUACCGCGCUUAACCUGAUCACAAUUGCAAUUGUGAUCGUCGCUGGUGGCAUCAAAGCAGACUUCAAGAAUUGGAACAUUCCCAAGGAAAGCAUCCCUAAGGAAGUGAGGCACAGGGCGGGCGAAGGAGGGUUCAUGCCCUUUGGGUUCUCCGGGGUGAUGGCCGGUGCGGCCAAAUGCUUCUACGGCUUUGUGGGUUUCGACAGCGUGGCCACGACCGGUGAGGAAGCGCGCAACCCGCAACGCUCCAUUCCUCUGGCCAUCGCCUUUUCUCUGGUCAUCAUCUUCUUUGCCUACUUUGGAAUUUCGGGGGUGCUCACCCUCAUGUGGCCCUACUACGACCAGGAUCCUGACGCACCCUUCCCAUACGUCUUUGAACAAAUAGGGUGGCCGGUGAUUAAAUGGAUAGUCACUGUAGGGGCUAUUUUUGCUCUUUGUACCUGCCUUCUUGGAGCAAUGUUUCCCCUGCCCCGAGUUCUAUAUGCCAUGGCCAAAGACAGACUUAUCUUCCACAAUCUGUCGCGCAUCCACCCCCGCACCAAAACUCCUCUUGUCGCUACAAUUUCCUCAGGCAUCCUUGCAGGUUUAAUGGCCAUGUUGUUUGAUCUGCAGCAACUGAUCGACAUGAUGAGCAUUGGCACCCUGCUUGCGUACACCAUCGUGGCGAUUUGCGUGUUGGUGUUGCGAUACCAGGAGUCGGAGGACCCUGCGUUCCUCUCGAUCGCCGCCAGCAACAAGGCAAUCAGUAAAGAGAGUGAAGACAAUCACCUUUUUGGACACUUGUUCAACUACCCACUCAAGAAAGUGCCCUCAGCCGUCUCGUCUGCCAUUUCUAAAUGGGGCAUUUGCCUUUUCAGUGCAUUGGCGGCAGGAUUAUGCGCUUGCAUUAUUUACUCGGGACACGACCUUGUCCGUGGACGAUUGUGGACAGUUGUGCUGACCACUUUGCUAGCCCUUUCCCUGCUUUUCAUCCUGGUGGUGAUUGCCAGGCAGCCAAAGGCGCGCACAGACCUCUCCUUCAAAGUGCCCUGGGUGCCAAUCAUUCCUGCGCUCAGCGUCAUUUUCAACUUGUACUUAAUGCUCGAGCUGGACGGACACACGUGGAUUCGAUUUUCAGUGUGGAUGGCCUUAGGUUUCUUGAUUUACAUCUGUUACGCCAUUCCAAACAGUGAAGAAGGACGCCGAAGAAAAGAGGACGAGAUCGCCAAAGAGGCCUACACAAACGACGCCUUUGCUGACGACAAUUUGAAAAAAGACAACGUGACUUCAAAGUUCUAAAUUUCUUAUGCGAAAAACACGGAAAAUUGUGAUUUCUCAAAAGCGCCUAAAAGACUUAUUUGAACUGUGGUCCAGUAGAUAGUUUUUGAAGUGUCGAUAUAUUAACAUUUUUUUAAAUUUAAAUACGGCCUGCAAUUUAUUUAUUGUGAAAACAUUGUGAUUUGCUUGUGAAACUGUUAGUGUUUUUCAUGAAUAAUUAACAUCUCUAUAGCUAUAUAUCCUGCAUUUGACGCCGUGAUGCUACUUAUUGUCACAUGAUCUUUACCUUUUUCAAUCAAAUAAUAAAUUAUGAUCAAGAUUUAAUGUUAUAGGUAAUAAAAUUUAUUUAUGUAAAUAAAA